AUGGGCGAGGAACAACAGGUGAACUACUCGUCGCCGUCGGACGGGGGCGAGGCAUUGAUUAUCGUCUGUGUGGUGUUGUCCGUGGUGCAGAUCGUCUUUGUGGCGGCGCGGUUUUAUACGCGCUAUAUGCAGCGCAUGAGAUGUGGACUCGAUGACUAUGUCAUGCUACUUGCUUUGGCUGGAAGCUUGGCAAAGGCAAUCCUAUAUAUCGUCUUGGUCGAGCUCGCAGGACUCGGAUAUCAUCUCAAGGAAUUAAGCAACCCGAAAGAGAAAGUAGCUCUCGUCCGCAAGUUCUUCUUCGUCCUCGAACUUCUCGACUUCCCCCUCUGUAUAACCCCCGCCAAAAUCUCCCUCCUCCUCUUCUACAUUCGGAUCUUCUGCAUCCGCAAAUUCCAGAUCCUCGUCUACCUUGUAGGAUCUCUCGUCCUAGCCAUCGGCAUCACAGUCUUCUUCCAAACAAUUUUCCAAUGCUCACCGGUCUCCUAUGGGUGGAGUACACCCGUCAGCCAUGGGACGUGCAUUGAUCAAACUUUAUUCUAUCGGUAUAUUUCGCCUUUUAAUGUCUUGACGGGUAUUUUGAUUCUUCUUCUGCCGUUGCCGUUGGUGUGGAAGUUGCAGGCACCAAAGGCGCAGAAGGUAGCGCUGACUGUGGUGUUUUUGUUGGGUGGACUCGGAACUGUAGCGAGUAUCCUCCGAAUGGUGAUCUACAUGCUCAAUUCCCCUACACAAUUGAGCGAUGUAACCUGGUUCUCUAUAAAACUCGGCAUCCUCACCGUCGUCGAAGGUGCAGCUAUAAUAAUCGCCUCUUGCCUCGUAACAAUCUGGCCCCUCGUCAUCCGACUCACCCCCCAACGCCUCCUCUCCGCUCUAUCCGGGUCUACACCCCCACCCCGAGAGAGCCACCAAUGCUGGUACAUGCCCACACGCCGACAAACGAAAAGCGAAGCUGGACUCGCAAAUUCUAGAGCUAUUAGUACACCGCGAGAACCUGGGAGUGCGUGGUAUAGUUCACGUUCCUCGUUUGAGGAUUUAGAAGAUCAGAGAUGGUGGAGUUAUGAGGAAGGGGAUGAGAUUAGGCCUUGUGGGGCUGCUUUCGUGUCUUUUAGAACAAAAGUUGAGAGUCAUCAAUAA